AUUGGUCAGCUGACUGAAGCGGAUUCUUCGAGACAUGUGCGAGGAGCUAUCGAGCGUUUCACACGUCAUAUAGUUCGUAUGUUUGAUGGGAUAGUUUUUGGGGCGUUGGUGUUUGGAACACUCGUAGCUUCUAUCGGUGACAAAGUCUCACCGCGUGAACGUGUUGUUGAAGAAGAAGAUUGCGUGACGUCACCGCCUCGUCCUCGUCCCGUGCUCUCAGGCUUUGACUUCAAAGAGGAUGUAACGCCGACGAUGAGACACUCGCUGAGGAUUCAGAUCUGCGGCGCGACUUGAAGCGGAGACCAAGUUCGUGAUAGUUGGAGGACAUGAAGGAGAAACGCAUUCAGCCAGAGAUGCGUCUGAUCGUCUCCCUGCUGAUCCUCUGUGCGCCACUAGGGGGCGACACCUCGCCAAUCACCUGCUACAACGACCACGGGGAGGCUGUCGAUUGGUUCUACAUGUACAAGCUGCCUAAAGAACCGAACCGACAAUCUCCCCAUCGGGGGGAGAGCUAUUUACUGCUGGAAAGGGGGAGCGACGGAUGGACCAAUGGGACGGGGUCGGUGAACGACACGGCGGGCGCUCUGGGCCGGACGGUGGGACAGCUGUACUCACAGGGACAGAACAAAGAGGUGGCGUACGUCCUUUACAACGACCAGAAGCCAGCGGAGGACUCUGGGGGCAGAAGGGCUAACGAGAGCAGGAGCGGGGGGCACACGAAAGGCGUCGUCCUGCUGGAUGCGAAACAAGGCUUCUGGUUGGUCCACAGCACGCCUCACUUCCCCCCCGCGCGCCAGAAGGGACGCUACUACUUCCCCGACAGCGGCGUGAACAACGGGCAGAACUUCAUCUGCGUCACCUACCCGCUGCAGCGCUUCCAGGCCGUCGGGGAGCAGCUUCAGAUCAAUCAGCCUAAUGUGUACGACUGCGACAUCCCCGAGUCCUUGGCCUCCCUGGUGCCCUCGCUGGCUGCUGUCUGCGGCAAACACCCCUCCGGUCGCAGCUUCCCACCCAUCAAAACGGCAUCAAACCGCAGCGUGACUCUGACCUCCAAGGGCGGCACCAAGUUCGUCAGCUUUGCCAAAGGGGCGUCUUUCGACCAAGACCUGUACCACUCCUGGGUGGCCCCCAGCCUGCGGUCAGACCUCCUGGUGCAGUUCUGGGUUCGCUCCUCGGGGAUCCUCCCCUCCGACUGCUCGCUGGGCUGGAAGGUGCUGGACAUCACGCUCAUCAACCCGGGGUCGACCUUCACCUUCAAGACCAGCCAGGACCACUCCAAGUGGGCCGUCAGUCCCGCGGCCGGGGGGGGCUGGGUGUGCGUGGGGGACAUAAACCGGAACGAGGCGGAGGAGAGGCGGGGCGGCGGCACUGUGUGCCUGCGGGACCCGGCGGUGUGGAAGGCGUACCGGUCGGCGGCGCUGGAGUGCGAGGCAUGCGGAGGGGAAACGGCCAAGUGUUGACACGCCGCUGGGGGGGGCGGCGGCGCGGCGGCACUGCUGAGAAUACAUCAGGCGUGGGCCUGUUAAGCUAAAUGUUUGCACAUAUUUGGUUACAACGUGAUUUUCUUUUAAUUGCUGGUGAAAUCAUCCAUUUUAAGGUUCCCCGUGGCGGUUUGGAUGUUAUGGUUUUCAUGCUUUAGGGCCCCUGGGGGCUUAAAUUCAAUGCAAAAAGCAGUAAACAAUCAUCUGUAGGGAUUCUCAGAUUCCGAUUAAAACGUUCCUACAUCUCGA